UCAGAUCUGAGACACUUGAGAUGCAGAGAGGGAGAAAAAUGGAAGUCGGUCUCUCGCUCAUAGAAAUCGGCGGCGAGGACGAUUCCCUGCUACAACCUUCCGUCAACGACAAAAAUGACGACAAGCAUUGUUCCGAUGUCGGAAUCGUUGAUUUCUCUUGUUCUCCUCUUAUGCCCUUUGGAUCUAAGCGUUCUGCAAAUCAUUCUCGAAUUCCUUCAACUGGAGUUUUGGAGGUCAAUGAGGAUAGAGAAGAACCUUGCCGUUCAUCAUCCGAAGACAUCGGAAACAAAGAGAAUCUUCAUGGGAACAGUUCAGGUGCGCCGAACUUAACUGAGGAGCCACAGCAAAUGAAGAGAAGAAAAAAGGGCGGGAUGUACAACUUGCGGAAGAGCUUGGCUUGGAAUGCAGCUUUUUUCACUGAAGAAGGCGUUCUGGAUCCCGUCGAAUUGUCAAUGCUAAGUGGGUCUUACUGUAAAAAUAGUUUGGAGCCCUUGUCUAGUGUUCCUGAAGAAACAAGAACAUCACUAUCGGAUUGUUCCGACUUAGGUGGUGAUGCAUCGGAUUUGCAGGAUCUUGAAGAGAAUUUAUUUAAAAAAUCGCCUUCAAAGCAUCCACAAGAAUAUCAAAAGCUCAGUGGUGGUUUAUUGCCCAAGUCCAAAACUUCAGAAAACGAACAUUCAUUCCCAUUACCUUCGGCAUCACGAAAGACCAAGAUACCCAAAGGUCUUAACGGAAGUGUGUCCCGCGUUGGAGGUUGUCCACGGCCUUCGGUUUCAUCUCAAAAAAAGCUUCCUAACAGAAAUACAACAACAAAAGAAUCAAAACUGCCUAAGUUUCAUAAUCCAAAGCCAGAUAGUGCUGCAGUCUCAACAUCUUCUAAGAAUGCUAAUCUGUGUAUUAAGCGCUCGAAGUGUAAUCAGAAUGGGACACCAGCGGUCAAUGCUGAAAGGAAUGCUGGAUCAAAAAGUUCCUCAAAUCAUAUAAAAAACGCCUCCACUUCUGCAUCCUCUUCUUUGAAAUCUUCUGUGCAAUGUUCUGGGAAAAAUUCGAUCAAUUCACUUUCAAAGGCACAUUUACCAACCAAUCCACUGCCUCCACCAGUUAGCAAGGGUAGUUCCACUAGCAUAAAGGUGACUGCAGAGCCAGCCCUUCCAGCUGCUGGCAUGCACACACCAAGUGGCGAUGCUGAUCCUAGCAAACCUUCAGUAUCACUGCCUCCACCGGUUAGCAAAGGUAGUUCCACUAGCAUAAAAGUGACUGCAGAGCCAGCCCUUCGAGCUGCUGACUUGCACACACCAAGUGGCGAUGCUGAUUCUAGCAAACCUUCACCAUCACUUCAACAAAAUGCCCUAUGUAUCAGUGGCAGUAUUCAACAUGCAAAACUUCAACCAGCAAAACCUUCAGGUUUGCGGAUGCCUUCACCAUCACUGGGAUUCUUUGGUCAGCCAAAAGUAUCUACCUUUCAUACUGUCCAGUCUCCAAGGAAUGCUCAGCCUUGUGGUCUUCCAGACUUUAAUAUUACUAAUCUGAGGAAAUUCAGUAAUUCAGAACAUACCAGUGGACUCCACCCUCUUCAGGAACCUUGGAGACCGCCUAAAUUGGGCACUUAUUGUGCAUUGACCGACACAACGGAAGCCCUGAGCAGAACUUUUUGUUCCUCAAUUUCAUCUAGUAUGAUUGCUAGCACACAUCCAAAUGCGGAAUCAAAGUUUGAACUAACGAAUUCACGGAAAAUGAAAGCAGAAGUUCCAUCCAAUUAUAGCUUUCAAUACCAAAUAAAUAGACUGCAACCGCAGUCAUGUAGAGUUAUUGACAAUGUUGAUGAACACUCUAGGAAACAGGCUUGUCUACCAAGGUCCAAGCCUGAUGAAGUUGUCCAUAGCCCUUGCAAGGACAAUCAAAGAUUGCAGAAGGAUAAUAAAACAUUCAUGCAUCCUGGAUCUCUGGGUCAGUCUUUAAAAGAUAAUGAUCUUGAAAACACCAUUGCCAUCAGCCCAAAAAGCAACAAUUCCAGUGGAAGUGUCUUAGAAACUUCACAUAUUCCUCGUAUGAGCUCUGCACUUGUAGUGGAAGAAGGUGAUACUGCCAUAGACAAUAUGGUCGAGGAACUAGCUGAAGACACAGAGUUGGGGUCCAAAGAUUUCACCCAAUUGAUUCCAGAUCCAGAUUUUGCCUCUGAGACAAAAUUGGGAGAUGCCAUGGAAAAUUGCAAGUCAGGUGCUUCAAUGGUGCAUAGUGAUAACUUACUAAUGGGUCAUGACGUCAAUGAAGAGUCUACUGAACGUGUAGAGAUGAUACAUCCGGGCCCUGAUGAAGCAACUGGAGUUUUUAAUUAUAAUAAACAGGGAUCACAGAUGAGUGAUAGCAAUUUGCUUGAAGAAGGCAGCUACUUCAAUGAAAACCAGGAAGAUAAUGAGUGUGGACAUGUUACUGCUGUUAAUCUGCAAAUUAUAGAUGCCAGUGGAAACGAGUUUCAGGGUCUGAAUGUUCCAUCUCAACUAAGUUAUCCAUUGCAACUGGAUGAAGGUACAGCUGGGUCAGAUAAGCUGAUCAAGAACACAAAUGAGGUGGAUACAGGGUCCGGUAGUAACUUAAUAGUUCAAAAUCAUGAUAUUUUUCAUGAGUUACAGUUCAGACAUGCCACUGAUGGUUGCAAUCUGGAUACUCCACUGGUGCAUGGAAAUUGUUUGACUGAAAAUACACAGUUCACAUGUUCCACCAGCGAUGCUCAGUCUAUGGAUGUUGUAGCUGAAGUGUCUUCAGUUCAGACCAUGUCAAACAGGGAUAGCCCUCUUGGCAGAGUAGAGAAUGGGAUAGAGAGUAGAUGCCAACAUAAGACUUCAGAUGGUAAACCCUGUUGCGAAAUAGAGAAUAGCAUGUUAACCUCGAAAGUUAAGGAUGCAAUGAUGCCACCCAAUAAAACUAUGGAGGAACUAAAGGAGGACUCACUCACACUGAAGUAUCAGAUGAAUGCUGUUCCAUUCUCGGAUGAAUGGUUAGCAGCUAUUGAGGCUGCAGGAGAGGUGAAAGUUUGUCAAUACAACUCCCUAUUCAUCAGAAAAAAGCAGUCUAGGGCAAGACUGUGUUACUUGGAUGUGGCAAGGACAGCUGGGAUAUCCUUACUAGGAAAGGAGGUGCAGUUCAAAACUCCCCACCAGAAAAACCUCUUCUGGAACCGAAUCCAUGGUCCCCGGUUAAGCGAAAGAGCAAUCAAGAGAUAGGGCCGUUCGACUGUACAAAGUACACCAAUCAGUAACACUUGAAAAAUUUUCCAAUAAUUUUUUAUUCUUUGCUCACAAUUAGAAGUGAUUUACGUAAUAUGUAAAUCUAAAUCUGGCCUCUAAUCAUUCCCCCCGCCCCCGAUUCAGUACGUAAUUCUUGCAUCUUCUUUCCUUCUUCAACGAGUGGUUGAAUUUUGUACUCAGAUCUCUCCCAUAUUGAUUAUGUACUUAGAAAUAAAUGGUGCCCAUCGAUAGGAGCAUUUCAUA